CAGAUCGGGUGGCGAUGGUGUCUUCUGAAGUUUUCGGACUACCGGAGGGAUGCCCACCUUCCAAGAAGCCGCGACAGAUCAAGUCUCGAACUUCAUUGGUGGGAUUCUGUCUCCUGUACCCUGUAUUCUGCUUCCUCGUUCUGGCACCUCAGACUGAAGCCUCCAAGGUACGGUGUGGCCGGGAAUUGGUGGAGGACCUGCAUUUCGUGUGUGGAGACCGUGGAUUCUAUUUCAGUAAACACUACGGUUCCCGUUAUUCAAGUCAAGUACGGGUCAAAGGCAUCGUGGAGCUCUGUUGUCUCCGGGGAUGUGAUCUGCAGCUGCUGGAGGCCUAUUGUGCCAAACCAAAGAAGACAAAGAGGGCCGCAAGGGACCUGGCGAGAAUCCCAAGGAAUCAGAAGAAUGAGGAUGGUCACAUACAGAAGACCUUGCAAAGGAUUACUGCCCCCCAUGGAAUGAUCUCCAAGGUUUCAAGAUUUAAGACGCUAUUCCAGUCAAAGAAGCAGCAGAGAAUGUCUCCUUUUCUUAAGUCCAGUAGAAGGUUCGGGAAAAUUGUCCUGUUGAUGAACACAUAGAGCGAGCUGAUUUAGUGAGAAAAAGUCCGGACUAACCUAGAGACAGACUUCUGGCAGCACCUUUCUUUAUUACAAAGUAUGUAUUUGUAAACGUGGAUUCUUUACAGAUUUUGACAUUCUUCCCAUUCUGCAUGCAGAAAUUAAAAGAUCAAACUCAUAUCCUUUCAAACACUGACAUACUGUGUCUGUAUGAAAGUUGAGAAUAGUAUGUUUAUGUAGGAUCCAUAAUUAAAUACAAUAAAUGAGAACAGACACAGCCAUUUGGUAUUCACAUCCAGUUUAUACUCAAAUGUCCCUGCAUACAACUUUCCCUAUCUAAAGGAUAGAUGACUUUCAUUGCGAAUAGCUGGUGGCAUCCCUUUUUUGUCACAUUUAAAGUUUAUUAAAUACUAAUCUGUAUUGCUUUGUAGCAUUCUCAAUCACAAGUUUUAUUCACAGACUUAUUUCUAUCCAUACACCCUGCUAGUUAUUUCACCUACAUGCUGCAACCCACCAGUGAGGGGUCUGGUGACAGUCUUUGCCUCCAUGGGGUUUUUCUCCAUUUCUGUUCUGUGCCCAGGAAUGGAGCACUGUCCCAUCUGGAGCUGAUGCUGUUUUGGUUUUCAUAACCGUACAGCUGAAAAUGCAGGUUCAGAAAAUGAUUGAAGAAGAACUUAUUAAUGCAAUCUAUGUAGAGACACUGUUAUUGAAAUUUAUAACAUUUCUUGAUGCAAAGUAAUGCGUUUACAAACAUACAAUUUUCUGCCCAUUGUAAAUGGCAGUAUUAAACAACUAAAAGUAACUAAAUUAGGAGAUGAGUGAGUAACAAAGUCAGGAACAUGAAGUGGUAAACAGCCAAAAGAAAGCAACAAAUCAAAGUUAAGGAAAAUGAGCAAAAUCCAAACUUCCUAAGCUUUAUGAAUAACUAAAUGCUCCUCAAAAAACAGCACAAUGCCCAGAAAUUUGAAGUUCAGCUGUAGUACAAUACUGCCAUCAUUGGUGCAAUGAAGUCAGAUGAAGUCAUGCGUUAUACUUUUGUGAUGGUGCGGUUUGGCCCCACGUUACCAGAUCCUUCCGGGGAGUCUCUUGAACCCUCUACCGCUGAUAAUGUACCCAAGGGAUGAGCUAACAGAUGAGGACACAACACACAUUUAGCAAGGGGUAGGUGUAUAAGUGCUUCAGUGCUUUCGUUAAAAACAGUCAAAACCAAAGUAUCCAGAACAGUGCAGUGCAAGUGUUCAAUAAAUAAUCCAAUAAAAAGGUGUUCAGUGGAGGUUAAAAACAAACAAGCUAUCCAUUAAAACAAGGUUAAAAAAAAAACACAGUGCAGGAAGCAGUCCAUAAAAACAUGAGCCCUGUUGCACUCAUCUUAAACGGACGUCACCUUAGCCCAACCCUUUAUGGGCUCUUGCCGCCUAACCAGCAGUUCAGCCCACCUUCAGUGCUGCUUAUAGGCUUGGUCCCCUGUAGCCGUCUCUGGGUCCAGGUGGGGCACCGUCCCAGAAGUCCAUGGCUCCCCCGCAGGAAGCCUCAUUGAGCUUCUCCUCCCACUGCAGCUGCUCUGCCUCUCUACGGUGAGUUGCUCCAAUUGAGCAUCGCGCGUCAGUCACUCAGGCUUCCAGGUCGCUCAGCUGGAGUGGCCCCUGAGUGUUGGCCGCACAUUCUCUCCAGGGACCUCCUACCGGCUGCCUUCUCUUUAUCUCAUCCACUUGUACUGACUCUCUAGCGCUCCUGCCUUCUCUCUCCAACUCUUAACCUUUCUUCUCUUUUCUUUCCCAAUCAGUCUCUGACCUUUUUGACAUCCUCUCAAUUCUCUGAUUCCCCUUUUUCUUAUAUGCCUUCAUGGGUGCAGCAUCUCAAUCAUGCACCGCAGGAAGCCAAUGAAGCAACUGAGACAGACUGCAUCCUCACACGCAUGUGUGUUGAGCCCCAACUACACCACCAACCCUACCCACAAGUGCGUGAGUGCGCCCACGGAGAGUGAGUAGGCCAAUUAAUUAUUUAUUGAAACAGUCCUCUUCUUCAGAGGUGUCAGCUGCUGUACCACAAUUUCCGGUAGUCACAGGGUAGCAAUAGGGAGACAAUGUUAACAAUAUGGCUACACCCUUUGAAAACAUACACAAAAUGGCAGGGCAAUAACAUUAUAAAAACAGCAAUAAAAAAAUAAUAAGAAAGUCAAAAUGAUGUACAAGAAAAUCGAAUGCAGGCUCAGAUUCUGCAUGUGAAAAAAAACCCUAGCAUCAUGACAUAAAGUAAUGCAUCUACUGUUGGGAAAACAUUAGUUACUGUAGCCCUCCAGAGACAAUGUGCCCCAUUCCCAGAUAUAAAGGUGCCUCCUUAUUUCCAAGAAUGGUGUCAAUUUAUAGUUGGCAUGCCCCACACUUGUAGCAAAGGGUGAUGUUUCAGUUGGUGUGCCUGGGAGAUGUGGAGUUUAUUUACAUCAAAAGUUCAUUUUAUUAAGUAUGAAUGGUUGGGGCUUUACAUUAAUGGUAAAUGGGAUUUGGCCUUAUACCUCUUUACAUAGAGAGAGGAAAGUUUGGGUUGAGGGACCCCUUUAACUUCUUAGAUGGGCUUUUCGAUGGCUUCAUAUCUAUUGACCGCUGUGCAGCCUUUCCAUGAGCUGCAGUUUUAGUUCAUAAAAUUUCUAAUAUUUUACGCCAUUGACACAGGUGUCCUUUUACAAGAACAGUCUUUUUCACCAAGUAGGCUGACCUUGCUUGACUCUUAGAGCAAUUUUAAUCAAAUUAAUUAAAGAUGCAUUUUUAAUGCCAAAGCUUUUUCUGUAUCACACCCUUUUAUGAAACAAACAAGAAAGUCAGGGAGGUCUAAAACCUCAAGAUUGAUCAAAAUCUCGGCAUUGAAUCUUUGGUCAAUUACAAUACUUUCCCUAUAAUUCAUGUACGAAAAGUAAAAAAGAAACAAAAAAGGUAAUAUAUCACUCGUAUGCGCCAGUUAGCCCCUUAUUUUAUUUCUGUUACUUCCCCUGAGCAGACUAAUAAACUCUCUAAGGAUCACAUCAAAUACAACAGCAUAGACUUUGAGUGGGACCAGAAUUAUAAACAUUUUUAAGAAUUCUGCAUAAGUUAGUAAAUUGUCAUUUAGUAAUAGGCUCCAUAGUACUGAGACAACUUUGAAUGCAGAUUAUUUUUAUAGCAUCAAUCUUUGGCAUUCCAUAUGCUAUAAAAUAUGGAGAAAAAUCGAGUUUAUAGGUCAUUGUACAAGACAUAAGUGUCUGUGUAUAGAAUCCUGCAGAUCACCCCUUGUAUGGACUUUAAUAGCAGAAGUCAAAACCAAGAGUGUGUAGCAUCAUGGACAGACGUAAAAAGCCAUGUUACCCAUUUGUAGUUCCAGCUGACAUUAGUAGGGGGUCUUGUUAUGUUAAUCUGAUGCAGGGUUAUCCUGGGAGUGGGUGGCAGUAGUUGGUUAGAUAUGAGAGACAGGAAGUACUAACUAAGGUGUGCACUAUCCGAGAUUAAGGCCUUGUUCACAGGUUAUUGAAUUUAAUAAAAUAAUUUAUUAAUAAUUCAGUCAGCGGGUGCGUGUCAUCGCUAUUCCCACCAGCAGAUACAACAGAGUGUAUCCCCCAUAGAGUAUCUUCUAUAUUUCCAUUUAGAUUUUACCCAUAAGUGGAGGUCAUAAGACACGAUGAAACAAAUGUUCUAAUAUAUUCUUUCAUAAAUCUUUUUAGACGUUUAACAAGUAUUAAUGGUAAUAAAACUUGACGAACAUGUGCACUAUCAUUUUUAUGUAUUCUUUUUGUAUGAAAUUUGUGAUAUAUAAAAUUUUAUAUAUUUGUAACAUA